AUUAAUAUAAAAUUGAUUAAUUACAACACCCAAAUGAAAUCGUCCAGUCCUCUUUCUCUCCUGUCACAAAACCUAAAACCCUCCCUUAUUAUUUUUCCCUCUUUUCAAAACACCAAAAACCCCUCUCUGUUUCUAUCUCCCCUCCAACAUUUUCUCUUUGUUUUGAAAUUUUCCUUUCGUCGGAGCUGCUUCUCUUCUCAUAGAUCCCUAUCUUAGAUAUAUGGACAAGCAUCAAGGCGACCAAGAUCGGAUCGUCUCCACUGGAGAGAGACCUGUUAAGUCAGAUAUCUUGAAAGAGCAGCCACUUUUGCCCGAAGAUGAAAGAAUAGUUUCAGCGAAUCCUUCUCCAGCUGCAGUCAUCAUAGGGCCUUCAGGCGAUGUUACACAACAACCCAAGUCUUCAGAUGUUAGUGGAGCACGAAGCACCCCCCAUCUGCUUAAUUUGUAUUCAUCUCAUGAACGGAACAUUUAUGGUGAUUAUGGCAAUAACACUGGUACUUGGGAUGGAUAUUCUCCAUAUAAUGCUGAUGGAAUGCAUGUUUUAUCACCAGUCAUCUACAAUGAUAAUCCCUCUCUUCUGUUUCACUCUGGUUAUGGCUUCAAUCCCGAAAUUGCAUAUGGACAGUAUUCACCAGUCGCUACUCCUUUGCCUUCUGUAAUGGUAGAUGGCCAACUUUAUUCUACACAACAGGUCCCUUUCUCUCCAUCUUACUACGCCCAGCCAUCUGAGUUGAUGACAUCAGAAAGUAGUAGCACUAGCACUGACAACAUGGGCUAUGGGCCAGGAUCAGGUUACAUGGUAAAUUAUGGAUCAUUUAGUGGAGAUCUGUCCGGACAUCUUGGUUCUAGUCCUUUAGCAUCGGCAACAAUUUAUUCUCCACCAACGGGCAUUUUUGGGUCAUUCGAACACAAUGCUGGGCAGAUUUCUCAUCAACAGAGACCAAUGCAUGGAUAUGGAUUGGGUUCAAGUUCCUUUGGUGGACGCUAUCCUCCUGGUAGUUCUUAUCAGAGCUCAAACUCUGGUGGUGCUUCAUAUUCAUUUGGUAAUGACCAGAACCGACCAAAUGUUGACAAGGCCAGAAGAAGAGAGAGGGACUGGGAUUCAGUUUCCACUUAUAAUAAUUCACAUGAUAUCUUCAAUGACCGCAAUCACGGACCAAGGGCUUCGAAGAUGAAGGGAAAGAGUACUUCCGACCAGGGUUCUUCAUCUAGUGUUAGGAAAAUGGAUCUAUCUGCUUCUGGAAUUAACCUUGAUUCAUUGAACCGGCUAGAUUUUGUCACAGAAUAUGAGGAUGCAAAAUUCUUUAUCAUUAAGUCUUUCAGUGAGGACAAUGUUCACAAAAGUAUUAAAUACAAUGUUUGGGCUAGCACGCCUCAUGGAAACAAGAAACUUGAUGCUGCUUAUCAUGAGGCAAAGAAAAAAGGCAGCUGUGCAGUCUUCCUAUUCUUUUCGGUUAAUGCUAGCGGACAGUUUUGUGGAGUAGCGGAAAUGGUGGGACCUGUAGAUUUUGAGAAGGAUGCUGAUUACUGGCAGCAAGAUAGGUGGAGUGGGCAAUUUCCGGUUCAGUGGCAUAUUGUAAAGGAUGUUCCUAACAUUCGGUUCCGUCACAUUCUACUUGAAAAUAAUGAUAAUAAGCCUGUCACGCACAGCCGAGAUUGUCAGGAGGUGAAUCUCAAACAAGGUAUUGAGCUGUUGAAAAUUUUCAAUGAUUUUGAUGCACGAACAUCUAUUAUAGAUGAUUUUGAAUUUUAUGAUGAGCGGGAAAAAUCCUUGAAGGAAAGGAAAGUUAAACAAGAAGCUAGUUCAACUACAGAUGCUUCUGAUUCAGUUGCCGUUGAUUCUGUUAAUGAAAUUUCCAAUAGUUUUGAUCAAGCCCUGGAGUUGAAAGGAAGUAGUAGCAAAGUAGUAGCAGAAACUGAACAUGACAUUAGCUCAAAAACAGAUUCUGCGUCAGUUAUACUUGAACAUGUUUCCUCCGUGGACCAAAUAUCUGAUAACUUAUCUCAAGUAUUGCAGUUGGAAGAGGGUGACAAAGAAUUAGCUCUGUCAUCUGAAAGUAGUAAAGGUGUAGACGACGGCAAGUCAAUUGACAGGAAGGCAACAGUAGUAUCAACUACUAGUGCUUAGGCAUUUUAGGCAUGCAUGCGGCGACAACAGUGUACUUUUGUGAUGUUUAAGAGUAGUUCACUCACUGGCAAAGUGUGAGGUGGUAAUUUUGUCAUCUCAAGCAGUCAGGAUGCAAGCUGACUCCGGUUUUAACCUUUUUAUCUUUUCCAGAGAAAUUAGGCGGUACUCCGAGCAGGCAUGCCUGGCAGGAAGGCUGUUUGAUUUUGUAUUUGAAGCUCAUUUUGUGUUUCUCCUCGUUGUAGGGUUAGAAUUAGGUUGUUGGUUUUGGCGAUGUGGUGAAUGCAAUGCAGGUUGUAUCCGUUAACUAUUGUCCGCCUGUCCGUCUGAGAUGCCUUUUAGUGGUUGUAAUUUUAGGGUUGUCUUACUGGUUUUCUGCUGGUGGCUCGACUGGGUAACGGAGGAAGAAGAAUCUGUCGUGUUACCCCUCCAUUUGGAUUUGGGAUUGGGAGGUUGAUCAAUCGAUAAAAGAAUGAAUGAAUUCAGAAAAUGCAUUUACUGUUACACAAGAUUUCUUUUUUCAUUAUCUGACCCAUGUGUGGAGAAUGCUUAAAACAAACCGUGUGGGAUUUAAUGGUUUGGUCUUUGGUGAUCUGGUAACAUACUGAACAUGCUUGAUAAUAGUCGUACCAACUAGACUCGAGCAAAAUGACUCAUGGGUCCCACCAUGAAGACAAGUUGAAGAAAUUAGAAUCCCACUACAUGUACUCAAGGAGAACAACUUAAAUAACAUUGGUAUCUACCGCCAUGUGGCGUUCUAUGCUAAUAAAAUAAAGACGUGAACAAAAACUUCUUACACGCCUUUAUUUCAUUGGGACAGAAUGCAACCGUGAGUUCUUCUCCCAAGUGGAGACUCAAAACUCACCAAAUCAGUAGCAAAUAAACAGUUCUCAAACGGGUGAGUUAAACAGGGAGAAAAUGUGGAAACCUCCAAAAUCUAUAGCAGCAUCUGGUAACAAAAAUUACAUCCAUAAAAUGUGUGAAUACAAUAGCCAUUCUAUUCUUCUGGUUACAGCCAAACAAACAAGGAACCUCUCCCUCCUGUAUAAUAAAUUGAUUCAUUCUACCCCUAUACUAUUAUACAUACGUACACGAGUAGACAAGCAACCGAUACAAACAACACUCUCGGUGAUAUUCGACCAAAUACUGGCUCUGUUUCUUUUAGUUACAACAUCAAAACCACAGCCGAGAAAAGGUCAAGGAGAACGAACACAAGUUAAUACACUAUUGAUUCUUCAGGGAACUCCCCCACAGCUCAAACUAUUAAUGUAUUUGGACACUCAAGAAACUAGACGCUGAAACUUCCAAUAUUCGAGCAGGCACCGUGACUUCUCAAAACCAGACAGCCAUGUAAUAAGGCUGUGCAGAACAACAAAAGAGGACCAAACUUGCUUGUACAAUCUGUAAUUCAAGACUGAUUAACGUAAAGGACGGGGACCAGCCCAGCCAUUUUUCCAUCCCUCCCAGGGCGUUUCUUCUUCAC